GUUUUGAUAAAUCUCCCCUAUAGUCAUCUGCACAUCAGGGGUUUUCGCUUUUCCCUUCCAGCAACGGGGCACCGGGUUUGAAUGAGACAAUAUACACAGUACAUGGAGUCUAAGUGCUGAUGGGGAUCAUGACUGUGCUGGAUUAUAAUAAGCUUUGGGACACUGAGUAAGAAACGUAGCAGUUGCGUCAGAUGGAGCCUACAGGCUAUUGGGGGAAGCUCCCUGCUCCUUUUUUUUUUUAGUAAUUAUAAAGUAGCCCAGCUGUGGGAUUUUACUGACAAGCCUCCAAGCACACACAAGUCCUUGUAAGGAACUGAGAGCUGGGGAGACUACUGUCAUUCUCUCACUGGCUCACUACAAGAGGGGACUGCAAGACUUGCUGCUGACAGACAGUAACCUGGGCUACUCCUCUCCAUCUCUGCUUCUAUCAGCCACUAGAAACCUCUUCUGCUUCUCUCUAUACUUUGCUCUCAGUCGGUUUCUUGCAAGAGCAGUGGAUCAUCUGAGAGGCUGCCAUGCAAUCAAUGGCGCUGGUUACUAGAUAUUACUGUUUAGUCCUGGCUAUAACUACGUAUCUUGCUGUGGCAAUCCAUGGAGACUGCAGCAAGGACUGCGCUACUUGUGCUUUUCAUAUGGGACAGGGCACUGAAAUCAACUCCUUGGCUUGCACGUUAGAAUGUGAGGGAAAGCUGCCAAUGGCCAAAGCAUGGGGCACCUGCAAAGAGCAUCUGCAAACUGCAAAAGAUGACUCUCAAGAGGCAGAGAAAGAACAGGGCAUUGACAGCCAUUUACUUGCUAAAAAGUAUGGAGGUUUCAUGAAAAGAUAUGGCGGCUUUAUGAAAAAGAAAAUGGAUGAGCUGUACCACAUGGAACCAGAAGAUGAAUCCAAUGGUGGAGAAAUCCUUGCAAAGAAAUAUGGAGGUUUCAUGAAGAAAGAGUAUGAUAGUGACACUUCAGACCUCCUGAGGGAGCUUCUGAGCACCGGUGGGGAUCCCGAGUCUAGUCUCUACCAUGACAACAAUAGUGAGACACCAGGAGAAAUCAACAAAAGAUAUGGGGGCUUCAUGAGAGAUUACAGAAGAAGCUCAGACAUAGAAGAUGAAGGAAGAGAAAUGCAGAAGCGAUAUGGAGGCUUUAUGAGAAGAGUAGGCAGGCCAGAAUGGUGGCAAGACUACCAGAAAAGAAAUGGAGGUUUCAUGAGGCGCUUUGCAGAUUCUGCUCUUCCUUCAGAUGAAGAUGGUGAAAGCUAUUCCAAAGAAAUCCCAGAAAUGGAUAAGAGAUAUGGAGGAUUUAUGAGGUUUUAACUCCCCUUAUCCAAUUAUUGAAAAAGACUGCCUCAUUGACCAUAUUUUAUUGUAAUGUGUUGCCUGCACUGUACAGUUUUUUACUGUCUUAGUUAACACUGCAACUUGUAAUCUGUUACACCAGGCUCUGUGUUCUUUAUAACUCAACAACAGAAUCAGUUUGUCACACUUAAGUUUAUACUGUAGGUAUUACGCUGAGAAUAUUUUUGUUACUGUAUUUUUUCUUUUAAACAGAAUACAUCUACCAAUGCUUACUGUAUAUAAAUAAAUUAUUCAUCUUAUCUGCACA